AAGGGUGUGUGCUCACAUGAACCGCUCUUCCACUUCUACGUGGUGCCACUUGCCUCUAUAGCUCUCCAGCCGAGAAAAUAAAAGUUGGAGCAAAAUCUGAUUCAGCUCCAUCAGCUUCCAGACACCCAGGGCAGGUCCAGGUCUCUUUUUUCCCCCCUUUUUACUUCACUCACUCUCAUUUACUCUCUUUUACACACACCCACACACACACACACACACACACAUCAGCCAUCCCUCGUGGUGCUGGAGGAGGAAGACUAGACCGGGGGAAGACCUUUGCACACCUUUACCCACCCAGCCACCACCAGACGCUUCACCCAUGAUGUGGACUUUUCUCUGGGGGGUCAUUCUUGGAUUACUGGCCUCCUCACGGUCGGAUCAACUUCAAGUGAAUUCACGCAGCUGUAGUUUUGCUGGCGUGUUUUUGGCAGAGGGGGAGGGCCGUCACUCUCUGAACUUUGACAUGGCUACAAAGGUGUGUGAGCAGCUGGACAGCACUAUGGCAACUCCACAACAAGUCAAGAUGGCGUAUGGGAAAAACAUGCAAACGUGCAGAUUUGGUUGGGUCAGCAGCAGGAGCAUCGCCAUCCUCAGACAUGAGCAUCAUGAAAACUGUGCAAAGAACUUGACUGGGCUGAUCAUGAAUCCCAACGUUGAUGUUGGAGAUUUGUUUGAUGUCUACUGCUAUGAUGAAAAAGUUCCAGACAGUGAUCUUGACUGCAUAAAAUCGUUCUCAACAACAAAUUCACAAUUUCUCUCAGAUCCACCAGAAACUUCAACAGAACCUCAGCCUGCAGCCAACCCAGAAGCCAAGGCAGGGACAGAGUCAGAUCCAGAACCCAAACCCACAGAUGUUUUAGAUAGCCAGGCUGUGCACACCACAGUUGCCCCCGGAGGAGAUGUUCCGGUGCAGGAUGUAGACUUAACAACACUGGCAGCUAUUACUCAGGGAACAGAAAGGCCAGAACCUGCCACUGAGGUUUUCGAUGUGGGGUUCCCCUCCGGGAACAACAACAACAAUGACAGCAGCUCUGUGACUCCCCUUUUCCCUCAUGGUGAGACCGAUAUUACAACUGGAUCUGGGAUGCAGCCGACUCCCACGGAGGGAGAAGGAGAUUUUUCAGUGAUCCCUGGUGGAGUGCCAGAUGUGACGCUACAUGAUGAAGAACCACAGAGCACACAUCCUGAUGGCGAAGGAGAGCCCCCAAAACGAGUUCCAAAUGACAAGGGAAGGGUCAUGGGUCCUGCUUCAUCGGACAAUGAUCAACCGGAGAAUGACAAUUCAUCAAACUGGCUGGUAAUUAUCGGAGUCAUUGUGGCAGUCGCUGCUAUUCUUCUCGUAUGUGCAGCUGUCGCCAAAAGAAAGAGCUGGUGCGGCAGGCAACAAACCCUGAUGAUCACCACCAAAGAUGGCGGCGAGGGCAACGGGGCAGCGGCAGUCGCAUCCAGCUCCCACAGCCAGGACAGAGAGCAGGAAAUGGUCACCCUCAUGAACAAGGAGAACAUCCAGGAGAACGGCAACACAGAGGAGUUCACCGUGAUCAAGCUAGAGGAGUCUCCGGAUAAAGACCAGCAGGCAUGAGGCUCGCCAGUAGAUGCAGCCAGGAAGGAGCCAGCUGAAGGGAGGAGACACACAGUCACAUGACAGAGUAGACAGGUUGGGUUUGGGGCUCCAAACACUGGGUUUGUCAACUGCUUUUAUGGGCCAGCACUGAAUGAGUACUGAGUGUACAUGUAUGAGUGUGUUUUUUAAAAUAUUCUGUGCGAUUGACGUAUACAGGCCUGUACUGAGGCUGAAGCCUAGGAAGGGGGCCAAGUCUUUAAAGGCAGCAUGUGCAGCAUUUUGUUCGUCUAGUUUAGUAAAGGCUGGGAGAAAGUCAGCAGGACGCGGGAAUGUGUUUUGUGUCUGUUUUAAGAAUCUGCAUGCUACAUUGACAAUGGAUUAGGUGUAGGUGUUAAGAGGGUUGAGGGAUGAUUUGUAAUGAGUUUACUGUUUAAAAAAGUAAAAUUUUAUACAUGAGAAUCAUUUUGAAACAGUCAAGUUUGACUUAGACGGGCAAUGAUAAUUCAACAGUAAGAUCUAUUUGUUUAAUUUCGUUUUAAUCAAGGUUUUUAAAAGAACAAUCUUGCGUGUUUUCUGUGGUUUAUAUGUUUGUUACGUCCUAUUGGAUCACUGUUGUUACCUGUGCAUAUUCCAGAUGUUUCCUGUGGACUGGAAUUUGGGCUUUUCCAUUUUCAAAAAAAGUGUGACGCCCCUAUAUUGAACUAAACUACUUUGAAUCCCCUUUUCUCACUUUGUAUAUAUUGUAUAAUUUUCAAAUAGAUCUUGUAAUAGCUGCCAGUGCUUUUUUGUUAUUUGGUCGGUAGGGUGGUUCCCCUUUCAAGUGAAAGAAUGUGUCUUAUUUAUUUAGAACAUGUACCUCAGAGGUAAAUGUUUCUGAAUCGUUUUUGCAAUACUCAAAGUAAAGUGUAUAUUCUAUUAAUCUUCUUGAUGUAUACAUUCCAAAAUUGUGCAAUUAAUGCACGAAUGAAGUCAGUUAAAAUUACAUUUGGCUUGGAAAAUGAUGAUAUGUUGAUGUUAUCCUGAGGAUAAUAAUUAUAAUGAUGUGCACAUACUGUAUUCACAGUGUAUAAGCAGAUUGACAAUAAGAGAGAACCUGAGAAAGAAUUUAACAGUAUCCCCAGCACACUAGUAAUUUCUGGAAGAAAACAUAUUUGACAGUGACUGAUGUAACAGUAGAUACUGGACUAAAUAGCACAUCUGAUAAUGGGAGGCCCAUGUGCUGUAAACACAGGGCAAUGUUAAAUGCUUUUAUGUGAUCAAGAGACUGCAACAACACUGUUUGUUUGUUCCCUGAGAGGUGGGGAUGUGAUGAAUGAAGCUUAUGGGCUUACUCCAACCUUGUGUGGCACCCGCUCUCCAUGUUCAAACGAGUAAAGAAAAUGCUGCAAUUUUUUACUGACCUUUCUCAUGCCAAUAUUCUUCUCUGUGUAACCACCGAUUUCUUUUGCUUGGUUUUCAAUAUGAAGCUGAACUGCGUACAGUUAUUGCAUACACAUUUUUACAAACUUUCAUUUUCUUUAGCUCUGCUUUUAGGAAAAGUAGCAAAUGUACUAGAGUAGACAGGUUUGAUGACACAUUAACAAAAAAUGUAGCUGAAAAGAUGUGUAAAGUCAUGAAUGCAAUAAAUGUGCAUAGAUACAGAUAUGCUUUAACAUGG